AUGUCAUUACCGCGCUCAAAGACCUUACCACCAACACCUAUUUUACCCGACCCCGUCGUGUCAAACCGUAUCAGCAUCAACAAUGUGGAAAUAUGGUAUGCGCUCUAUGGUGCACCAUUGAGUCUCCAUCAGAUCCCAACGGUUUUCUUGCACGGCGGCAAGAUUAGCUCUCGUUGGUGGGCACAUCAGAUUCAACAUGUCGCAGGUGCAGGACACUCAGUCAUUGCAAUCGAUACCCGAGCACACGGCCGAUCAACUGAUGAUCCCCAAGUCGCCCUUUCAUAUGAUCUCUUCGCUGACGACGUUGCGGCCUUACUCGACCAUCUUCAAGUGCCUUGUGCCAACUUCGUCGGUUGGUCGGAUGGCGCCAAUACCUGUCUUUCUUUGGCAAUGGGACACAAACAUAAAGUGAAGCGCAUAUUUUCCUUCGGCCCAAAUUACAGGCCAGACCAGGCGAUACCUUAUGCAGGCGAGACAGUGCCAUUUGUCGCAGAUCUUAUGAAUCGGAUGAAGGAAGAGUACGAGGCUAUUUCACCUACUCCGGAAAAAUUCGAUAGCUUCAAGGCGAAGGUCGUAGCAAUGCAGGAAACUUCACCAAUGUGGUCCGAGGAAGACUUUUCCAAAAUUGACUCAAAUUCUACGGAUGCUCAGCAACGCCCUGUUGUGUGGAUUGUUACUGGCGACUCGGAGGAAUUGAUCCAGGGCUGGGUGGCUACAAAGAUUGCAGACAUGAUUCAAGGAUCGGUUUACUUGGCGUUGCCUGAUGUCAGUCACUUUGCGCCAUUGCAAGAUCCUGAGACAUUUAACAAUGCACUGAAUCAGUGGCUAUCUCAAUAA